AUGACCAAGAAAAAGGGAGCUGAGGAAGAAGAAGAAAUUGCAAAUGAAGAUGUAGAAGAACUUUUUGUUGAAGCACUAAGGAAGAUUUCCAACACCUUCAAAGAGUAUGCUGCAAUUUCUGGGCAGCAUGUAAAUUGUGGGAAGUCGUAUAUUUUCGGUGGUGCUAUGUAUGCUUCCCGCCUCAAUAUUCUUGUUGCUUUAGCAAACUUCAACAUUGGUUCUAAUCCCCUCAAUUAUCUUGGUGUUCUGCUGUUAAAGGAUAAACCUAAAAAGGUUUUUCUACAACCUAUUACCGACAAAGUUAUCAUUAAGUUGGCUAUGCGGAAAGGGUCGUUGCUAUCUUUUGCAGGUAGGGUGGAAUUGGUCAAGUCAUAUAUCCAAGGGAUGCUUUCACAUAGUAUGGUCAUAUAUGCUUGGCCUUUGUCUCUUAUUCGUGACUUGGAAAGGGCGAUAAAAAGAUUCUUAUGGAGCGGUGAUACGUCUAAACAGAAAGUUGUCACUGUUGGUUAG